UUCCACUACAUACUACCUACUAUCCUCUCUGCACGCCCGCCUGCCCUCGUCCUAGUCGCUCCACACAAUGGCGACGAACGGAGGCACGAACGGCCAGCCGCAGCUCAAUGGCAUCAUCGCACAAGACAAAGAGAAACAGAAUGUCGCAGUCCACUCAUUCGACCCAGACGCUACUCCCGAACAGAAGGCUGCUGCCGCUGGGAAGGGUCGCAACCAAAUUGAGAGUAGCAAGGACGACGCGCCUAGUGGUAAAGAGGUCGCGGUGACGACUGGUCAAACACCUGCGCUGCCGCCGACUAUAACCGUUACGGAUGCAGACCGCGAGCCGCAGCCAAAUGGAGUUGCACCACCAGAGAGCCUCCCGCCCAGUCAAGUCCCCGGCGCACUCCCCGAAGGCGCCGCACCGCUAAUUCCAGAAUGGUAUAGGGUGGGCUGGCGUGCUGUUGGAGGCAUUGAUGAACCUCUUGCAGAGGGCGCCGAGAAGGACAAGGCCAUCCUCGAGAUGUUUAUUGGCGAACAGUACUAUGGUGCUUGGUACCACAAUGCUGCUAUCAUAUUCUUUGCGGUCUUUGCCUCACACUUCCUUACGGUCUUCCACUUUGGCUGGGGAUGGUUGUUUAUAGUACUUGCGACAUGUGCGACGUACUAUACGACUUCCAUGACUCGUGUGCGGCGUCGCGCUCGCGAUGACAUUCAGCGCGAACUCAUCAAAUCUCGUCUUGUCGCGGAAGCCGAGUCGGCUGAUUGGAUCAACCAUUUCCUCGAUCGCUUCUGGCUCAUUUACGAGCCUGUACUCUCGCAGACCAUUGUCCAGAGUGUCGACCAGGUCCUUAGCACGAACACUCCGCCAGUCGUAGACUCCCUUCGUCUUUCAACAUUUACUCUUGGUACAAAGGCUCCUCGCAUUGACAGCGUGCGCACUUGGCCCCGCACCGCGGAGGAUAUUGUCACGAUGGAUUGGAAGUUUUCAUUCACACCCAACGAUGUCAGCGACAUGACGCCGAAAGAGGCAGCCAAGAAGGUCAACCCGAAAAUUGUGCUUAGCGUGCGUGUUGGCAAGGGCGUUGCCUCAGCCGCUAUGCCGAUUUUGCUCGAAGACAUGAGCUUCAGUGGCUUAUUGCGCGUUCGCAUGAAAUUAAUGACUUCGUUCCCGCACGUCCAAGUAGUCGACCUCAGCUUUUUGCAGAAGCCUAUUUUUGAUUAUGUACUCAAACCCCUUGGUGGUGAGACGUUUGGCUUUGACAUUGGUGUUAUUCCCGGUCUAUCUGCGUUCAUUCGCGACAUGGUGCACUCCAUUCUUGGACCCAUGAUGUAUGACCCCAACGUCUUCACCCUCAAUCUUGAGCAACUCCUCUCGGGUGCUCCCAUUGAUACGGCCAUUGGCGUGCUUCAAGUCACAGUUCACUCUGCACGCGCCUUGAAGGGGGUCAAGAUUGGAGGAGGCACCCCAGAUCCGUACGUCAGCUUCAGCCUCAAUGCGAGACAGGAACUUGCGCGUACGAAACAUAAGGAGUCUACUUAUAACCCGACAUGGAACGAGACCAAGUUCUUGCUCAUUAAUUCACUAGCUGAGCAGCUCGUCCUCACUGUCUUCGACUGGAAUGAACAUCGUAAAGAUUCAGAACUUGGUGCGGCGACCUUUGACCUCAGCAAGCUUGGCGAGGAUGCUGUGCAAGAAGGAAUUGAAACGAAGGUCCUUAAGGACGGGAAAGAAAGGGGCGAGCUUCGCUUUGACUUGUCGUUCUAUCCCGUCUUGAAGCCGCAGAAGAUUGAUGGUGGCAAGGAGGAGGAAUUGCCUGACACCAAGGUCGGAAUUGUCCGUCUCACGUUGCACCAGGCCAAGGAUCUCGACCACACCAAGAUCAUGUCCGGAGAUCUCAAUCCAUUUGCAAAGGUUUUUCUCAGCUCGAAUGCUCCACCCGUUCACAGCACACCCAGGGUCAAGCACACCUUCAACCCCGUUUGGGAAAGCUCGACAGAGUUUUUGUGCUCAGACAAACAUUCAUCGGUCAUUACUGUCAAAGUCGUUGAUGACCGCGACUUCCUCAAGGACCCAAUGCUUGGUUAUCUUAGUAUCAAGCUCGAAGAUUUACUCGAGGCGAAGAAGACUGCGCGUGAUUGGUGGCCGCUUAGCGGCUGUCGCAGUGGUCGUAUGCGUAUGAGUGCAGAGUGGAAGCCAUUGAAUAUGGCUGGUAGCUUGCACGGUGCGGAUCGAUACGUCCCGCCGAUUGGAAUUGUGAGACUUUGGAUGCAGAAGGCGACGGAUGUGAAGAACGUCGAGGCUGCGCUUGGUGGGAAGAGUGAUCCAUAUGUUAGGGUGUUGGUGAAUAACAUCACUAUGGGGAGGACGGAGGUGAUCAAUAACAAUUUGAACCCUGAGUGGGAUCAGAUUAUCUACAUCCCCGUUCACUCUGUAAAAGAGACUAUGCUGCUGGAAUGCAUGGAUUACCAGAACUUGACGAAAGAUCGUUCACUCGGGACGUGCGAACUCAAAGUCCGCGACCUCGUCGCAAAGAGCAAGGACUCGAAGUACCCAUACGCAUCGACCGGCAAGAAGUCAGUCGCCGACCCAAUUCGUUUAGACAACGGCAAUGUAUAUAAAGGUCAUCUGCACUACGUCGCAGAGUUCGUCCCAGCUAUCGCUCUGAAAGGAGUUUCGUUCGAGUCUGCAGGGAACGAGAUUCAAAGGAUUGUCGAUGGGCGUGGCUCUGAUACCUCGAGUUUCUCGUCUUCUGAUGUUGAACGUGAACAAAUCCCGGAGGGGAUCACGACGUCGUUACCCGUGGCUGAGAAUGGUUAUGAUCAUGAGCAUGAGGAGGGAGAGGAGAGGCAGGAGGAGAGCACCGGUGCUAGUAGUCCGACGGAGUCGAGAGAGUCGGAGAAGAAAGGACACACGAGGAAUACGAAAUCCAUUGAUAGUACGAGGACUACUGGGACGACUAAGACGGCUGAGACUGCGAGGACAAGCGGAACGACUGCUACUGCUGAGACGUCGGAGACUGUCGAUACUGUGCCGCCCAGUCCUGGUAUUGAAAUGACGAAAGAGGAAUUGCUGACUCAUCAAUCUGGCAUUAUCGUAUUCAGCGUACGCAAGGGCAGGCUCAGCCAGAAGGCUCGUCUGGAAGUGCUCUUGGACGAUGGCUACUGGCCUGCAUUCAGUACAACCCGUGCACGCAGUCUCAAUGCCGAGUGGGAUCACGUCGGCGAAGGGUUCAUCAAGGAACUCGACUUUGGCCGCGUGUGGUUACGUUUGAAUGAAAAUGAUGAAGGCGACAAGGAUGAUAUUAUUGCCGAAUUCAAAUGUGAGGCGAGGCGGUUCCUUGAGGAUGCUAUGAGCGGUCCUACGACCUUUACCCUUACCGACGAAGAUCAAAGGAAGACUUCGACUAUUGAGAUCGAAGCGCGUUAUGUGCCGGUUGACAUAGUUUUGGAGCCGCGCGAGAGUAUCAACAACAUGGGCAUCCUUAGGGUUGACCUUAUGGAUGGCCGUCAAAUUCGCGGUGUCGACCGCGGAGGCAAAUCCGAUCCCUUCGUCGUCUUCUCGCUUAAUGACCAGAAGAUCUUCAAGUCCCAGACCAAGAAGAAGACGCUCAGUCCGGAAUGGAAUGAGCAAUUUGCUGUUCAAGUGCCAUCCCGCGUGGGAGCAGACUUCACCCUCGAAGUGUUCGACUGGAACCAAAUUGAAAAUGCGAAGAGUUUGGGAACAGGAAAGAUUGAGCUUGCUGAUAUUGAGCCUUUCGAGGCGACGGAGCGCAUAAUCAAACUUUCGCAUCAAAAACAUGGAGACCAAGGGGAGAUUCGAAUCAGGAUGAUGUUCACUCCAGAGAUUAUCGCUAGGACGCGCAAGAACACGAGUACCUUUACUUCUGCCGGGCGCGCGAUGACACAGAUUGGCGGACUGCCGAUUGGCGCUGGUAAGGGUGUCGUGCAUGGUGUGAGCAGAAUUGGUACCAAGGUCGGUGGUGUGUUCGGGAAAGAGAAUCACGCGAAACACGAUUCCAUCCCAGUCGUAAAUGCUCCUGAAGACCCACCCUCUGGUCAAGUAUCAGGCCCAGUCGGUUCUGCUAACAACAACAACGUGAACACUGUCGAUUUCGCAUCGACGCAAAACGCGAAUGGCGAGUCGUCGUCUCCAGCGGAACCAGGAACGCUUAAAGUUUCGAUAUUGCACGCGAAGGACUUGUCUGCACCGGAUGGCGAUACACCCAAGGCUUAUGUAACUGUUCGCGUCGGAGAAAAGGAGCACAAGACUAAACACGCGGGAAAGACGACAACGCCUGAAUGGAAUGAGGCGUUCUCGUUCCCAGCUGGGCCGUCCACGCCGAAGUUGUAUGUCAAGCUUUACGAUCACAAUACGUUCAGCAAAGACAGAUCGUUGGGCGAGGCGGAGGUCGAUCUUUGGAGGCACAUCCAGCCAAAAGAGGAUAAUAACGGUGCGGAUGUACUCGUUGAGCUUCGCGAAGGCACCGGGUUAUUGGCGCUUCGGCUUCAGUUCGAUGCACUUGGCGAGCCUGGUAGUGGUGGUACGAAACGGUCUGGGUCGAAUGCGUCGUUGGCUAAUAGAAGUCCGUUUGGGUCGCCAUCGAGGUUUUCUCUGUCGAGAAGGCCACCGUCCGACGAGUCGAGUAAGUAAGUGCCUUCCGAGUUCCGAAGUUCCGAGAUGUGCGAGGAGGGGUUAGUGUGCCGUGUUCGUGAAGAUUCAGAAGAAGGCAUGCCGUUCGUGUGUCCUGCGAUGAAUACGGAGGAUGCGUCUGUAUGCUACUAAAAUAGGUUAUUUCCCACCAUCUCUAUUAUUCUCUACGCCACACCGUUCCCCUUCGGCAACUUAAAACAAUCCUUUUGCUUUGCUUUGUACUUGUGCCUUUUUCCUUUUCCAUUUUUGAUUUUCUCUUUUCUUAAUUCAUGUUCCGGUAGUACAUACAUUUAUAUUAUGGACACCAACGAAUUGAAUGGACUUUCUAUCUAGUUCUAGUUAUGCAAUGUGUAUAUGCUUCAUCUGUACGAAAUUUUCUCG